AUGACGAUGAUGAAUCCCAAAACCAUAGUUACAAACAUCCUCUUCCUACUUAUCCUGCUGCAAAUCUCAAACGUUGUAUUCUCUUUAGAAGCGUACGUGAGGAAGGAUUAUAAAUCGGAAUAUGUCGUUCGACCAGGCACUGUCACACACAUAGUCGUCACUAACGAUCUACAUGGUCUCAAGAAAGGAAACGCCGGUUUCGUAUGCGCUCAUGGUCCCAAGGUUUGGAGGAAAAGCAAACCGGGAGACCGGUACGUUGUGCUUCGGUUCGAGGACAACAGUAAGAUCAGGUACAAAAACAUACAUUGCCAUCUCCGGUCGAAUCGCGGGUUUGUCAAUGUUCCUAUUAGUAUUCAUCCAGACACAUCCGCUAUGUGUUACCCUAGUUAUGUUUGUCAUUACUCAAUUAGAAAAGAAGGAGUUUAUUACAAGCCUGAGAGGAAGCUCUAUCCAUGGCGACCGUUUCAACGAUCUGCCAAAGGACGUCGUCCCAAGGUCUAA